UUUAAGAUAUGUUAUCCUCGUCAUUGUCGCGAUUAUUAGCAUCUUCCCUUCCCUUCUCUUCUCUUAGUUUCCUUUCUUUUUUGCCUUGGUCCAUUCAUGACGCGCUCUUUCGUGGGUGGACUAUAUAAACGUGCUUGGAUCUCUUCCUUGCUUCUUCUAUCUCGCGAGAGCAUAUUGAUGUGUAUAUAUGCUGUCAAGUGAAGUAAAGUGCCAAAAAGAAACCGUGUGAAUGAAAAGUGAAGCUUAUUUUUCAUUUUCCUUUAGUAUAUUUUAGAAUAUUGAAACUUUUUUUAUAACUCGUCACAAAUAUGGUGCAUUUAAUAACAUUGCAAAUUAAUAUUUAUCAAGUUUUUUUGUUCUUUGGAACUGCGUUUGGUUUAUACGACACGGCACCGCAUAUAGUUGUUUUUAUGGCCGAUGAUUUGGGAUGGUACGACGUCGGUUUCCACGGUUCGGAUGAGAUACCCACUCCGAACAUAGACGCUUUGGCAUAUAAUGGAAUUAUUUUAAACAGGCAUUAUGUCUUACCGUCCAGCACACCGUCUAGAAGUGCAUUCUUCACCGGAAAAUACCCGAUACGUAUGGGUAUGCAGGGAGAGGAUAUACAGGGUGGCGAGCCCAGAGGGCUACCCCUCAACAUGAAGAUCUUGCCGCAGUAUUUGCAGGAGCUGGGUUACACGACAAAUCUAAUCGGGAAAUGGCACUUGGGAUACCAUACACUUCAGCACACCCCCUCGUACCGUGGCUUCGAUUAUUUCUGCGGUUUUUAUAAUAGCCACGUUUCGUAUCACGACUACAAGUACUCGUACCAGAAUAUGAGCGGGUACGAUAUGCAUUGUGGCGAUGCUCCGGCUUACGGCUUAAACGACAAAUACAUAACGGAUCUUUUUACCGAUAAAGCGGUUAAGAUCAUCGAGAACCACGAUCCGUCUCGACCUCUGUAUAUCCAAAUAUCUCAUCUCGCCGUUCACGCGCCACUCGAGAAUCCGCAGGAUUAUGAUCACUACGAUAAUCGGUUCAUCCACAUCCGGGAGCAACAUCGUCGCAUGUAUGCCAGAAUGGUAUCGAAAUUAGACGACUCUAUUGGGCGCAUUAUUCAUACUUUGGGAAAUCGGGGAAUGCUGAGGGACUCUUUGAUCCUCUUCCUCACCGAUAACGGUGCGGCGCCCACUGGCAAAUUUCGCAAUUUUGGCUCUAAUUAUCCCUUACGAGGAAUGAAAUACACCCUUUAUGAGGGUGGGGUAAGAGGAGUUGCUAUGUUAUGGUCACCAAGAUUAAAGAAACCAGCACGUGUGUGCAACGACUUGAUACACAUAUCCGACUGGCUGCCAACCCUUUAUGCAGCUGCUGAUGGCGAUCUGAAGGAUUUGGGUGAGAUCGAUGGGGUUAAUCAGUGGCGCAUGUUGAACGAUGGUCAUCCGAUAGUCAGAGACAAGCUGCUGCUAAACAUCGACGAGGUUUCCAAGACCGAGGGUGCCAUAUACAAACACUACAAGCUUCUUCGAGGUUCGAUCGAAGGCGGCAUCUACGAUGGGCAUCAUCGCGAUAAAUAUGACUACGACAGAAAUUUUAGACAUCCGUAUUACAACAUUUAUAGCAACACUACAACGAGGAGAACCACACAGGAAGACGUGCCAUCUUAUGCAGACGUCAUUAGGAAAAGCGUGGUGUCGGAGAGCAUUAGACAUUUUUUGGGUGAUCCCGUUACUCAGCCGAGCACGAUAAGUCAUUUGCGGCAGGAAGCCACGGUGUAUUGCGGAACUACUGCCAUUUACGGAAACAAUUUCUUCACUUGUAACGUCACCGAGUGCCUGUUCGACAUUAAAACCGACCCCUGUGAAACGAAAAACAUCGUCCACCAGUAUCCGAGGAUCGCUCGAGAGUUGGAUCAGCUUCUGGAGCACUACGGGCAUUAUGUCAGGGUGCAGAUCAAGACACCGGUCGACUGGUUCCAUGCUGACCCGAGGAGGACGAACAACACGUGGGAGCCAUGGAUACCGUCGGACAACACGUAUUAUCCGUAUUACAACGCGGCGGUCCAGCUGGCCGGCCUGGCGUAUUAUCUUCAUAUUGGGAUUAUUCUCGUGGCAGCUAUGUGCAAAGCUUUCGUUUGAACAAUUGAUCCGAUUGCUGAAACGCAAACGUAAUGAAAUUACGUUGCGGUCCGUCUAUUAAUUCGCAGUGAAGUUGAUUUCGUUGAGACGUUUUCGAGAUAAAAAUAGUACCUCUGGAAUAUGUUUGCGCUUCCUGUUUAUGCGUUAAAGAAGAAGCGCAAGACAUAAGACACGCGCGAAUACGGUGAAUUUAAAUUUAUAAAUCACAGAUAUGUGGGCCGCGUCUGAAAUUAGCAUUCGACAUUGUUCGGUAGAAUUAACAUUUGUAUUGUCGCGUUUUUCUUGUCAUGUAUGACAUCGCGUGACACACGCGGAAAUAUAUUGGAAUAAACGUAUGCGGUUUAUCUUGCUAACGUUUAAUCUGAAAACGCGCGGAGAGAAAGUCCGAAGGGAAAUCUCGUCUCAGCUAUAAUCUGUCUCGGAUAGAUAAUUUUACAGAUGACUUCAGGUAAUUAUAAUUAUUUAUUCGACGGCUUUUUACUACUCUUAUCUAACUUUCUACGUAAUCGAUAAACUUCGAGCGCACGCUCGUCUUCUAUAUACUCUAAUAUACGUGACUGCCAACACGAGGAUCGAUGGUCAUUUAGGCUGAUUUAGAACUCGCCGGUUGCGGAAAUAUCUACCCCAACUAAAUGUCCGUUCAAACCUGUUUGUCCUUUUUUUUUUUUUGCAAUCGCACGUAUAACAUAGUUGAAUGACUAUAUCCUGACCUAAACAGCCAGCUCUAGAAAGAGCUUGUGUUUUUUUGUCAUAACGAAAUACCACUUAUCUUCUCGAGUUUCUUUCCAAUUGCGCUCUUUUAUUGCUUAAUAUGAAGUAGAAUUAAGCGAAAUUGCGUUUUUACGCCGCGGCCUUCUCGUCAUUUAAUCACACUGCUCUGAUACUGAUGUUAAGGCAUAAUGAAUUGAAUAGAAAUACACAAUUAUAGAUUACAUUAAUUUAUAUAUAUUACAUAAUUCAAGACAAGAUAGGCCAAGAUUUAUGACCAGCGUAAAUAUAAAAAUAGAUUUACCUCAGUAUCAUUUUAAUUUUGUAAAAUGAGAUUUUUGUCACAUAAAUAUCGGAGAGACUAUAAUAAUAAUAAUAAUAAUAAUAAAAUGUCUUUAUUAAAGUACAAAGAUAUCUUUCGGGACCUCUUUUAUAAUUAAUAUUAACAGGUAUAGAAAGAGUCCCUGUUACAUAGUAACGCUAUUAACGUUAUGUUUUUAUAAUAACGAUUUGAUAAUGACGUUUCAAUUUUUCCUAGCGGCAAUUGUUAUAUCAGAAUUGAAAUAAUUACUUUUGAUAAAUUACUAUUACGCGUUACUCAUUGAAACAGUUUUAAAAAAAGUAACUUGUCAAUUAACUCGUUACGUAAAAGUAAUACGUUACUUUGACUCGUAACAAGUUUUUGUUUUAAUGUACUUGUUUUAAUGAGUAACGGUAACAAAUUAUUUAUCAAAAAUAACAAAUAAUUAUUUUAACCUUGACAUUAUUAUUACUAUUAUGAAAAAUUGCAACAUCACUAAAUUGUUAUUAUAAAAAUAAUAAAAGUAACAGUAAGAAAUUAUUUGUAAUUGCGUAUCUUCCCAUCUUUGUAAUAUACUAUUAAUUAUAUAUAAUUAAUUAUAAUUAAUAACUUAUAAUUAACCGCAUUAAUUUUGUGUGUGUGUACACGGUAAAUAUAAUAUAUAAAAUUUAAAAUGAAA